AUGAUACAUAUUGAAGCGUUCAUAACCGACAGCAAAACCGUGGCAAUAGUAUACUUCUCGAUUUCACUGGUAGUGCUUAUCGCCUGCGUCCUCUCCCUGUACUGUUUGACUCAAAUAGAAUUUUUCAAAUAUUAUGUCUAUAAAGGAAAGCUAACCCGCCAGGUUGAACAUGCCAGCCGACCCAGUCUAGAGCAAUUCAUGCAGACGAUCAAAGGGUGUUGGGCGCAGUUGGUGAGCGUAUUUUUGGUAUUUUUUGUCACACUCGCAGUAUUUCCUACCAUUUUGGCCGGUAUAACACCUAACAAUAAGGGACAACAAUGGAGUAGAGAAAUCUACUACGGAAUCACGGUAUUCCUUAACUUUAACCUUCUCGCCGCCAUCGGUUCAACAACGGCAAAUUUCAUACAAAUUCCAGGGCCAAAUCUGCUGUUAGUCCCUGUGUCUGCACGUCUACUAUUCAUUCCAUUCUUCAUGCUCUGCAACUAUAACGUCGACGAUCGGGUAAUGCCCGUAUAUUUCGAGAACGAAUGGUACUUUAUCAUCGGCAAUGCCAUUAUGGCAUUUACCAGCGGCUAUUUUAGCUCUCUUGCUAUGAUGUAUGCUCCCAGGGUCGUUCCGGGUUCCUUAUCGAAAACUGCUGGAAUGAUUGCGGCGUUGUUUUUGGUUACAGGUGCGUGCUAA